UCAAACUCAAAGCUGGGGCAGCUGCUCCUGCAAUUGGUCUCUCUGUCUGAAGUCUCUGAGAACCGUCAAGGUGUUCUGGUGUUGGGCACCGACUGUGCAACAAAGUAGCGAUUGCUGCAUUUUUCAGACUACAACAGGAUCAUGGUGCAGCCCUACAAGCACGGAAAAAAGUGCAUUGCCGAUUUCAAGACCCUAAUGGAAAAUUGUACAAUGAGAAAGGAAGCUAACGUGCCCCCUGAAAAAUUGGUUAUCAUCCAUGAAGACACUGGUGUGGAAAAUGAUAUUGAUAUGGGAGACUUUGGGAUGGAAGAAACUAGCAAAGACAAGGCAAUUGCUGGGGAAACAAAGCUUAGAAAGCUUGCCAGUGCAUUGGAAUAUUGUUAUGGUGAAACGUUAGAAGUUCCUGCUUGGGCAAAAGCAUCAGAAAGCUGCCGCUCAUACUUUGUAGAGGAGGGGGGAGGAGGCAGAGCAACAACAACAACAACACAACAACAACAACAACAACAACAACAACAACAACAACACAACACAACACACACAACAACAACAACAAAAAACACAAACAAACACAACAACAACAAACAACACAACAACAACAACAACAACACAACAACAACAACACAACAACAACAACACACACAACAACAACACAACAAACAACAACAACAACAACAACAAAACAAAACAAAACAACAACAACACAACAACAACACAACAAACAACCACAACAACAACAACAACAACACAACAACAACAACAACCAACAACAACACAACAACAACAACAAUGCACGAUGCACCAGCACCUGUCCAUGAGAUUCUACAGGCAGUAUCGUCUUCCACUAACACUAUCUUCCGCCGCCACCAUCCAAUGGUUGCUGUGAACCGUAUCGCAAUUGGAUGCUUAACCGGAGAGGUCGUCCUCCGCAUUCUCCGCUUUGUGUGCACCGACUACACGGAUAUUCGUACUCGAUGA